AUGGAAAUUCGUUCAGGCGACUUCUCUAGUCACCCUCCUUCUCCUCGUGCCUCAGCCCCUGCCAGGUCCCCGGGGGCCUGGGAGUGUCAUUGGUGGAUGACCGCAGUCUUAGGUGCUGCCGCUGUGAUCAUGGCCUCCGGUAGCAGCGGCCUUGCCGCCUCCCGCCUCCUGACACGCUAUUUCCUCGUGCAGCGGAAUGGAAUUCGACAUUGUUCUUAUGCGUCUUCCCGGAACCAUCUCUAUAUCGAUAAAAAUACAAAAGUUAUUUGCCAGGGUUUCACUGGUAAGCAGGGCACCUUUCACAGCCAAAAGGCAUUAGACUAUGGCACCAAACUUGUUGGAGGAACAACCCCAGGGAAAGGAGGCAAGAUGCAUCUGGACUUACCUGUCUUUAAUACUGUGAAGGAGGCCAAAGAAAAGACAGGAGCGACAGCAUCUGUUAUUUAUGUCCCUCCUCCUUUUGCUGCUGCUGCAAUUAAUGAAGCUCUUGAGGCAGAAAUGCCCUUGGUUGUGUGCAUUACCGAAGGUAUUCCCCAGCAGGACAUGGUACGGGUCAAGCACGCGCUGCUGCGCCAGGGAAAGACAAGGCUGGUCGGGCCAAACUGCCCUGGAGUCAUCAAUCCUGGAGAAUGUAAAAUUGGUAUCAUGCCUGGGCAUAUUCACAAGAAAGGAAGAGUUGGUAUUGUGUCCAGAUCUGGCACCCUGACUUACGAAGCAGUUCACCAAACAACGCAAGUUGGAUUGGGGCAGUCUUUGUGUGUUGGCAUUGGAGGUGAUCCUUUUAAUGGAACAGAUUUUAUUGACUGCCUUGAAGUCUUUCUCAAAGAUCCAGCCACAGAAGGCAUCUUACUGAUUGGUGAAAUUGGUGGUAAUGCAGAAGAAGAUGCUGCAGAAUAUUUGAAGCAACAUAAUUCAGGUCCGAAUGCCAAGCCUGUGGUGUCCUUCAUUGCUGGUUUAACUGCUCCUCCUGGCAGAAGAAUGGGUCACGCAGGGGCAAUUAUUGCUGGGGGGAAAGGUGGAGCGAAAGAGAAGAUCUCAGCCCUUCAGAGUGCCGGAGUUGUGAUCAGCAUGUCUCCUGCACAGAUGGGAAGCACCAUCUACAAGGAAUUUGAAAAGAGGAAGAUGCUAUGAGAGAAAGAUCAAACCAAAAAUUUUCCAGAAACUAUGGAAGGAAUCAUUAUAGAAAUGAGAACCAGCAGCAGUUGCUCCUGUUGUCCACUAGUUGUCAAACCCUGUGCCUGAAGUUGGUUCUUCAAUACACCGGGGAGUCCUGUUUUGAGAUCUUUUCACUUGACUGUAUAACAGACGUAGCCAAUAAAUCUACCUUUUGAUUUGAAU